GUCGAGAUGUGCUGUCAUUGGAGGAGAUGUUGGCCGAGACUCGCACCGGAAGUGUGGACACCCGACGCCGGCCGCGCAUACAAGUAGUGGCAGCCAAUCAAAGCCAGUGCAGCGUUAAUAUGGAUUUAAGCGCCUGUUCUGCGCCCCUAUCGGGAGGUUCUUAUGAGGGUAAUAGUAGUAAUGGUAGUAAUGGUAGCGCUGGUGGUAGUAAAGUGAUCCAAUUGACCAAGUCUAAGCUCAGGGCACUUCAAGAAACUAUGUAUCACUCGGCAGAGACCGGCUGUUUGGAGAUUACACUGGAUUUGAGAAAUAUUGGCAUCCCAUGGACAAUGCACACAUGGAUGGCAACAGUAGGCACAGCACACGGCAUGCGUUUGGACGCCAUUACCGAUCAAUUAUUACAAGACUUUUCCCACCUCUGGUCCGACGACUGUACCGUACAAUUCAUUGACGAAUGUCUGCCCCUAUUGUUCACAAUAUUCCGACACCAAAAGCACAACUCAGGCACCACAACUCUCUUAUUGGCCGAUAUAAUGAGCACGUGUUACGGCCGUAAUGAGACAUUCCGGAGCCGUCCGUUAAGCGCCAGUUAUGGGCAGGACGUUAGGGUCGGCGCCCGUAUUGACGCCAAAUACGUCAAUAAUAAAGAU